ACUUUCAUUAUUAUCUUAGCAACUGCAGUGCAUGUCAUAAUUAGCAGUGAGUUAUAAAUUAUACAAAUAUAUGUAUGUUUUUCCUGAAAUAUAUUUAUACUUCCUUACACAUUACCAGCGUUUGCAUUAGAAAGCAUGGCGUUUGAGAAACACGAUGUUGUACCCGAUGUCGUUGAUAAAGCACCCGCAAAGGUUCUGGAAAUAACAUAUCCAACCGGUGCUAAGGUACAGGGGGGAAAUAUUUUAACUCCUACACAAGUAAAAGAUCAACCGUCUGUGAAAUGGCAAGCUGAUAAAAAUGAAUAUUAUUUGCUUUGUAUGACGGAUCCCGAUAAUCUAAGUCGAAAAGAGCCAACACUGAGAGAAUGGCACCAUUGGCUAGUCGGAAACAUUCCCGGCAAUGAUAUUUCGAAAGGAGAAGUUUUAACCGAAUUUCUCGGUUCUGGUCCUCGACCCGGAACUGGUUUACAUCGUUACGUGUUUUUGCUCUACAAGCAACCAGGAAAAUUGAACUUUACCGAGAAAAGAAUAACAAACAGGUCUGCUGAAGGAAGAGAAAAUUUUUCAAGUCGCAAUUUUGCUAAAAAAUACAAUUUAGGUGAUCCUGUUGCUGGAAACUUGUACCAAGCCGAAUGGGAUCAAUAUGUCCCCCUUUUAUAUAAACAACUUGGAGAAUAACUUGAUAUAGGUACUUGUAAAUUUCAUUCACUUAAAAAUGUUUAAUAUUUAAUGAACUGUCUAGCAAUAUUUUUAUAUUUUGUAUUGUGAAUCCCAGCAAAGAAUAAAUACUAGAAGUGCUACUCUC